AUGGCAUUCUGGAUCACCUCGAUGGUCCUCGGCGAUUGGGGACUUAGUAUGCAGCAUCUCUACUACUGUCUGAGAAUUAUCAAAGGACUCUCGGAUCGUUCAAAAUUUGAUCAGAUGCAGUUACGGUAUCAGGAGGCCCUGGCCAGCAUCGGCUUGAAAUACUUUCGUACGACCAGAGGCCCUUGCCCGAAGCAUGGCGCUGAGGCCGACUAUCUCGACUGCGAAGUAACGUGCUUUACGCCAGAGAAGAAAUCUUUUAUUGACCGAACUGCCGACGCAUUGCACCAUCUGAAAGCCGCCCUGCCAACUUUCGAAUUAUGCCUGGAGCUUCUACGCGAUCGAGUUGAGCCACACUCCCAUCAGGCCGAAUUGGACGGCAUCCUCACCAAAGAAAUUCGUGAAAUACGAUUCUUGGUUAAUUCGUGGUCAGAUCAAACUCGUAUGAGAAUAGACGAAGCGAAAUGGGCCGCGGCGCAAGCCCGUACGCCGUAUACGACAUCGCCCUUCGAUAACAUCCUGGUAGACAUGAUUAGAUACAUCGUCAACGACCAGCACAGCACAGGCAUCGUCUUUCAAGAGCUGGAGCUGAGAACGAGGGUGUCUAUAGUACACAUUGUAUCUGCGACAUCUCGGGGCAAUUCUAUCCUCCUCGAAGAUAGCUUGGCACUCAUGUACUACUCAGGCUAUACCGAGGGAUAUCUCAGGACGAAGGGCAACUGGAGUAACACACAUAUUGAAGAGCUCAUGCGCACAACAUGA